AUGCAACAGCGAGUCUCUCCUUCCACACGCGGAAGCCUUCAUCCUUCCAUGAUGAUGGAUGAAGAAUCAAUGGUGGUUUCAUCCUCAUCAUCAUCGGCAAUACCACCAACAACCACUACACAACAUUCAACAUCAUCAACGGCCUCUUUAUCAAAUAAUACGGAGGAAAAUACUUCAAGUAAAAACAAACCAAUCAUCAAUGUGUAUGAUUUGUACUCGGUGAAGUACAUGUUGGACUCUUUUGUAAGAUCGGUAUUGAUUGAGGAAAAGUCCUUUAAAGAGGAUCAUACUUUGAGUAAUUUUAAAUUAAUAACAGGAUUUUUAGCUUGUGGUGGAGCAAUUAUGGCCUAUUUUACAAAAACACCGCUCUAUGCAUUAUUGUUGUGUAUUGCUUACGUAUCAGUCAUUUUAAUAUUGGCAUUGAACAGCUACUUUUUUGAGAAAGGAACCUUUGCUCUAGCUUACUCUUUGCAAUAUGGCUUUAUUCGUGUCGAGAGUGACAUUUAUGAUGAGGAUGAAGAGGAAGCCGAAAAGAGAAAUUGUCCCAAGUAUCAAAUCAUUGUACAUUUUCCUUCACCCUCCUCUCUGACCUCGAAAUAUAAAUCAUCCAAUUGCACAGUCUCUCACUCAUGGUAUCUCAAUGACCUAUUUGAUGAAAAUGGCAAUUUUGAUAAGAGGGAAGUGAGAAGAGCUGUCCUUGAUCUUAUCAAAAAGAAAGGACAAUAA